UCAGGCACCAUGGACUGGAAGACCUUCCAGAGUCUUCUGAGCGGCGUGAACAAGUACUCCACAGCAUUCGGGCGCAUAUGGCUGUCGGUGGUGUUCGUCUUCCGGGUGCUGGUGUACGUGGUGGCCGCAGAACGUGUAUGGGGGGACGAGCAGAAAGACUUUGACUGUAAUACCAAACAGCCGGGCUGCACCAACGUCUGCUAUGACAACUUUUUCCCCAUCUCCAACAUCCGCCUCUGGGCCCUGCAGCUCAUCUUCGUCACCUGCCCAUCACUGCUGGUCAUACUGCACGUGGCGUACCGUGAGGAGCGCGAGCGACGGCACCGCCAGAAGCACGGCGAGCAGUGUGCCAAGCUGUACGACAACGCGGGCAAGAAGCAUGGUGGCCUGUGGUGGACCUACCUGCUCAGCCUCAUCUUCAAGCUCAUCAUCGAGUUCCUCUUCCUCUAUGUGCUGCACACGCUCUGGUACGGCUUCGGCAUGCCGCGCCUGGUGCAGUGCAACAACGUGGCUCCCUGCCCCAACAUCGUGGACUGCUACAUCGCCCGGCCCACCGAGAAGAAGGUCUUCACCUACUUCAUGGUGGGGGCCUCGGCCAUCUGCAUCGUGCUCACCAUCUGUGAGAUCUGCUACCUCAUCUUCCACAGGGUGCUGCAGGGGCUGCGCAAGAGCAGGCCCAGGGCAGGCCGCAGCGCCCUGUCCUCCACCAGCCGGGCCUCCACCUGCCGCUGCCAUCACAAGUUGGUGGAGGCUGGAGAGCUGGGCCCCAGCCCAGGUGAUGAAAAGCCACAGGCUUCGGCACCCAAGCUGCCCCCCAUCUGAGCACAGGUUGGGGGGGAGACAGGGGCUAUCACUGGGGACAAGCGGGG